AUGGAUGCCUUAUCAUCUUCCACUAAUCCUCAGCUGGCAUUCUUUGAGCAGCGAUCCUGGAAUAAUGGAGCCUAUGCAUGCAUGAUGUACGAUAAAUACUGUGCACGAUGGGAUGCUUCAGUUAGGCAUAGAAGUGUGAGUUCUAGGAAAUUGAUUAAGUUCAGGGCUGAUUCAAGUAGGGUUUAUGGAAUUUCUGCAGCGAGACAGAAUGAGAACAUUGGGGAUUUGAGUAGUUCUGGAAAGACAUUGGCAGUAGAUUAUUUUGAAGGUAAUGAGGGAGCAAAUGAUGCCGCUGAGAUAUUGCAGCCUUUGUGGGAUGACGGAUUUGGCACUCAGACAUUUAAGGACUACUUAGAGAUAGAAAAAGACAUAGUUAGGCCAGAUUACGGGCCACCACGGUGGUUUUGCCCCAUUGAAUGUCGAUGCCCUCUAAAGGAUUCACCUGUUCUUUUGUACUUGCCUGGAUUAGAUGGACUUGGAUUGGGUUUGAUCUUGCAGCAUAAAGCUCUGGGGAAGGUUUUUGAAGUUCGGUGCAUGCACAUUCCUGUUUUUGAUCGCACGCCAUUUCAAGGGCUAGUAAACUUUGUUGAGAAUGCUGUGAAACUUGAGAGUGCAUCUUCUCCAAAGAAGCCAAUCUAUUUGGUUGCUGAAUCUAUUGGGGCAUGCAUUGCAUUGUCUGUUGCUGCUCGUAAUCCUGUGAUUGACCUGGUUGUAAUAUUAAUCAAUCCAGCAACAUCAUAUAGCCGGUCACAACUUCGACUUUUGCUCCCUCUCUUGGAGGCUUUGCCUGAUCAACUUUGUACUAGGAUGCCUUACCUUUUCAGCAUGACUUCAGGGGACUCGAUCAAGAGGGCAAUGUUGAAUACAAGUGGCUUUUCUCUAGCCGAAGGCGCCAAGGAGGUUUUCAGAAAUCUGGCUGCUUUAUCACAACCUCUUUCUGGGUUAGCCGAUAUCAUACCCGUGGAAUUUUACACUUGGAAGCGGAAGAUGCUUAAAACUGCUGCUGCUUAUGCAAACUCCCGUCUCCAUGCUGUCAAAGCUGAAGUUCUUGUUCUGGCAAGUGGGAAGGACAAUAUGUUUCCAAGCGAAGAUGAGGGAAGACGACUUUCAGAUACUGUAGGGAACUGCAUAUUCCGGGGCUUCAAGGACAAUGGCCACACUCUUCUAUUGGAAGGUACUGUUAAUCUGCUGACUGUUAUUAAAGGUACCGGUCACUACCGUCGUAAGACUAAGCGUGAUGAAGUCUCAGAUUAUGUGCCUCCUAGCUUGUCAGAAUACAAGUUGGCCUUCGACAAAAUUCUCGGAUACUACCGUCUUGCAACUAGUCCAGUGAUGUACUCGACAUUGGAAGAUUCAAAUAUUGUGAGGGGUCUGAGAGGAGUUCCUGAUAAAGGACCAGUUCUCUUAGUUGGUUAUCACAUGCUUCUUGGAGCUGAAAUUUAUUCCCUGGUCGAAGGAUUCUUGAGAGAAAAGAAUAUGGUUGUCCGCGGUCUAUCACACCCUGAGAUGUUCACUAAAAAUUUUCGAUCCAAGUAUGCAGAGUCUUCCAACUUUGAUUUAUUCGAAGUCUUUGGUGCAUUACCUGUCUCAGAAAGAAACCUCUUUAAGUUGUUCUCAGCUAAAUCACACGUUCUUCUCUAUCCUGGUGGUGUGCGUGAGGCCCUCCACCGUAAGGGCGAAAGCUACAAGCUAUUUUGGCCUGAGCAACCCGAAUUCGUUAGAAUGGCUGUAAAGUUUGGGGUAACAAUUGUACCUUUUGGAGUUGUUGGGGUAGAUGAUAUUGUGGAGUUAUUCCUUGACUACAAUGAGCAAAUGAGGAUUCCAUUUCUGAACCAGCAAAUAAGACAGCAAAAUCACAAAGCUAUAAAGUUGAGGAACCGAAUUGAACGAACUGGGGAAGAGGUCUCCCACCAAGAUUUGUUUGUUCCAGGCUUUUACCCAAAGAUCCCUGGCCGGUUCUACUUUCUGUUUGGGAAACCAAUAGAGACAGAAGGCAUGAAGGAAUGUUUGAAGGACGAGAAAUUGACUAAGAUAUUAUACAAGAAGAUAAAGUCUGAGGUAGAAAAGAACAUAGCAUAUUUACUUGAGAAGCGAGAGCAGGAUCCCUAUAGGAAUAUCUUGAAGCGAAUGGCAUACCUCUCUAUGCAUGUCGAUCAUGUUCCAUCAUUUGAUACAUGA